ACGAAUUUUCCGUUAUUUCAUAGACUCCUUGAGGCUAUUCCAGUCAUUUUACUUUCCCUAUUCCUGGCCCCUAAAGCAACCAUAAAGACGAGCAUGAACGCAUAAGAAUAUCAACGCAAACAGUAUUCACAAACUCGAAGAAAGAGUAAUUGGAGAAAAAAGAAGAACAAAUCUCUCUUGAAAAAAAAAACCAAUUCAGUUCCAGCGUCUUCAACUCUCUCUUCCAACAAUUAGUCCCGAUUUUGAGGAGUUUAUUUUCCCCCAAAUUCUUGUUAAAGUUUCCUUUCCUUUUUUUCCCAACUUUCCCCAAUUUUUUUGGGAAAAAAUUCACUCAGAUCUGCACAUAUUUGUUGUACAUACCACAAUUAUCAAAAAAAAUCUAAGAGCUUAUAGGUUACCUCACAUUUAUUCAGGUUUAGAUUGAUUAUUUCUUUAUUUGUGACUCUAGAUUCUGAAUUGAUUGACACAAAUUUAGGAAUUAGGGUUUCAGAAUUGUUGUGAAAAUUCGGUCUUUGGUGGUGAAAUUCAGUAUUUGAGCUUUCAAUUUGGUGUUAAUCAUGGCGGUUCCGACGAUAGCACUGUACGCAAGUCCACCGAGUAGUGUGUGUUCCACGCCGUAUCCAUGUCAGAUCAAUUCACACGGGUCGUAUGAUUUUGAUUUGAACGGCAGAUCAUCUUCGUCGUCUUCUUCAACAUCGUCUUCGUCGUCAUCUUCAACAUCGUCUUCGUCCGGUAAAUCAUUUGUCGGAGGGCUAUCGAGUCUGUUCUCUUCGCCGACGGUGAAGGCGAAUUAUUCGACAGGAACAGAGGAUUUGGGGUCUUUGUGGCACGAGAGAGGUGACGAAUUGAGCAGCUCGUUUCGUUGUUCGUCCCUUAGCUCGUCCUUAAAAAGGGAUCAGAGUCCAGUUUCGGUUUUUCAAGGACCUGUUAGCACUAGUAGUACUGGAAUUGGAUCAUGUUCUAGAAGUCCGCCGAAGAGAAUUGCUGGGGAUGUGGGGUCCAUUCGUUCUGGGACUGGUGGAUUGUUCAAUGGAUUCGUUAGGCACGCUUUAGGAUCCUGCGUUGAUCACGAUCCGGUGACGUUCCGGGUCCUGGAUGUGGAUUCCCCUUCAUCAGGGUUAUUGGAUGAACUCACGUUUAACAUGGAGGAGGGUUUCUUGGAGUCGAAUUCUGAACCUUAUGCGAAAGAUUUGCUGUUGAAUGCACAGUCGAGGCAUAAAAUCUUUUAUGAUGAUUUUGUGAUUAAGGCAUUUUAUGAAGCUGAGAAAGCACAUAGAGGACAGGUGCGAGCAAGUGGUGAUCCUUAUUUACAGCAUUGCGUUGAGACUGCAGUUUUACUUGCAAUGAUUGGAGCUAACUCAACUGUCGUCGCUGCUGGACUUCUGCACGAUACGCUUGAUGACACGUUCAUGACUUAUGACUAUAUUUUCCGGACGUUAGGCGCUGGGGUUGCUGAUUUGGUUGAAGGGGUGUCAAAGCUGAGUCAAUUGAGCAAGCUUGCAAGAGACUUUAAUACAGCUAGUAAAACUGUUGAGGCAGAUCGAUUGCACACCAUGUUCCUUGCUAUGGCAGAUGCCAGAGCAGUUCUCAUAAAGCUAGCUGAUCGCUUGCAUAAUAUGAUGACUUUGGAUGCAUUGCCAUUGACGAAGCAGCAAAGGUUUGCGAAGGAAACUUUGGAAAUCUUUGCUCCUCUUGCCAAUCGCUUAGGCAUCUCAACCUGGAAGGAGCAGCUGGAAAACCUCUGCUUUAAACAUCUUAACCCAGAUCAGCACAAUGAGCUCUCAUCGAAACUUGUUAAGUCUUUUGAUGAGGUUAUGAUUACUUCUUCCGUGGGGAAGUUGGAGCAAGCGCUAAAGGAUGACUCUGUUUCUUAUCAUGUUCUCUCGGGGCGUCACAAGAGCUUGUACAGCAUUUACUGCAAGAUGCUAAAGAAGAAGCUUAAUAUGGAUGAAGUCCAUGACAUUCAUGGGUUAAGGUUGAUAGUUGAAAAUAAAGAAGACUGUUAUAAAGCACUUCGAGUUGUUCACCAGCUAUGGAGUGAAGUACCUGGGAGAUACAAGGACUACAUAGCAAAUCCAAAAUUCAACGGGUACCAAUCUCUUCAUACGGUUGUGCUCGGGGAAGGUAUGGUGCCUCUUGAAGUUCAGAUCCGGACAAAGGAGAUGCACUUGCAAGCUGAAUAUGGUUUCGCUGCUCAUUGGAGAUACAAAGAAGGCGCUUGCAAACACUCUUCUUUUGUAAAUCAGAUGGUAGAGUGGGCUCGUUGGGUUGUUAGCUGGCAGUGUGAGACAAUGAACAGAGACCAAUCAUCUGUUGGCCACACUGAAUCUAUUCAGCCACCUUGCAAAUUCCCUGCUCAUUCUGAAGAUUGUCCAUUUUCUUGCAAACCUAAUUGUGGAACUGAUGGACCUGUCUUUAUCAUUAUGAUUGACAACGAUAAGAUGUCUGUGCAAGAAUUCCCAGCAAACUCAACUGUCAAGGAUCUUUUGGAGAGAGCUGGUCGUGGCAGUUCUAGAUGGACACCCUAUGGAUUUCCAUUAAAGGAAGAGCUAAGGCCAAGGUUGAACCAUGAACCAGUUAGUGAUCCCAACUGCAAGCUAAAAAUGGGAGAUGUUAUAGAAUUAACUCCAGCAAUACCACAUAAGUCAUUGAUCGAGUACAGGGAGGAGAUCCAGCGAAUGUAUGAUCGAGGUGUUAGUCCUCUUCCUGCUGCCAAUGCAGUAGUUGGUCUGAGGAGUUGACAGUUGACGACAGUUGAUUUUCUUUCCUGCUAGAUUAAAGUUUACCUUUACUCUUGUACAUAAAUACAAACGAUAAGCAUUUGUACAGAACAGUUAUGGUUCUGUUUAUAAAAAAAGAUAUAGGUAACUGAUUUGUUAA